GGUGCUGGACAAACAGAUCAAAGGUGAGUGAGUCUGGGCCUGCAGAGCUGGGGGACACAUCAUGAGGCUGCUGAUUUUCCUGGGCCUGCUUUGGAGCUUGGUGACCAUACUUUUGGCCUCAAAGUGGCCUGAGCCUGUAUUCGGACGCCUGGUGUCCCCUGGCUUCCCAGCGAACUAUGCCAACAAUCAGGACCGGUCCUGGAAGCUGACGGCACCCCCCGGCUACCGCCUACGCCUCUACUUCACCCAUUUUAGCCUGGAACUGUCUUACCGCUGUGAAUAUGACUUUGUCAGGUUGAGCUCAGGGACCAAGGUGCUAGCCACACUGUGUGGGCAGGAGAGUACAGAUACUGAGCGGGCGCCUGGCAACGACACCUUCUACUCACUGGGUCCUAACCUGGAGGUCACCUUCCACUCGGACUACUCCAAUGAGAAGCCAUUCACAGGCUUUGAGGCCUUCUAUGCAGCGGAGGAUGUGGAUGAGUGCCGAGUGUCCCUGGGAGAAGAUGUCCCUUGUGACCAUUAUUGCCACAACUACCUGGGCGGCUACUACUGCUCCUGCAGAGCGGGCUACAUUCUUCACCAGAACAAGCACACCUGUUCAGCCCUGUGUUCAGGCCAGGUGUUCACUGGGAGGUCUGGGGAGCUCAGUAGCCCGGAAUACCCACAGCCAUACCCCAAACUCUCCAGCUGCACCUACAGCAUCCGCCUGGAGGAGGGCUUCAGUAUCACCCUGGACUUUGUGGAGUCCUUCGAUGUGGAGGCGCACCCUGAAGUCCUGUGUCCCUAUGACUCCCUCAAGAUCCAAACAGACAAGGGGAAAUACGGCCCAUUUUGUGGGAAGACGUUGCCCCAUAGGAUUGAGACGAACAGCAACAGCGUGAUCAUCACAUUUGCCACUGAUGAGUCGGGGAACCACACAGGCUGGAAGAUACGCUACACAAGCACAGCACAGCCCUGUCCUGAUCCAACGGUGCCACCUAAUGGUCACAUUUCACCAGUGCAAGCCAAGUAUGUCCUGAAGGAUAGCUUUUCCGUCUUCUGCAAGACUGGCUUUGAGCUUCUCCAAGGUUCUCUGCCCCUGAAAACAUUCACUGCUGUCUGUCAGAAAGAUGGAUCCUGGGACCGGCCAAUACCAGAGUGCAGCAUUGUUGACUGUGGCCCUCCUGAUGAUCUAUCCAAUGGCCACAUGAACUACAUCACAGGCCCGGAAGUGACCACCUACAAGGCCAUCAUUCAGUACAGCUGUGAAGAGACUUUCUACACAAUGAAGGGAGAUGGUAAAUAUGUGUGUGAGGCUGAUGGAUUUUGGACGAGUGCCAAAGGAGAAAAAUCCCUCCCAGUUUGUGAGCCUGUUUGUGGGCUAUCCACACUCUCUACAGGAGGCCGGAUAUUUGGAGGGCAGCACGCGAAGCCUGGUGACUUUCCUUGGCAAGUCUUAUUACUGGGUGACACUGUAGCAGCAGGUGCCCUUCUACAUGACAACUGGGUCCUAACAGCUGCACAUGCUGUGUAUGGGAUGACAGAGGCAGCAUCCUCCCUGGACAUUCGCAUGGGUAUCCUCAAAAGGCUCUCACCUCAGUACACCCAAGCCUGGCCUGAGGCUGUCUUCAUACAUGAAGGUUACAAUCAUGGUGCUGGUUUUGACAAUGACAUAGCACUGAUUAAACUCAAGAACAAAGUCACAAUCAAUAGAAGCAUCAUGCCUGUUUGCCUGCCAAGAAAGGAAGCUGCAUCCUUGAUGAGAACAGACGGCAUUGGAACUGUGGCUGGCUGGGGGUUAACCCAGAGGGGGUUUCUUGCUAGAAACCUCAUGUUUGUGGACCUACCGAUUGCUGACCAUCAAAAAUGUACUUCUGCAUAUGAAAAGAAACUCUACCCUGGAGGGAGAGUAACUGCUAACAUGCUCUGUGCUGGCUUAGAAACUGGUGGCAAGGACAGCUGCAGAGGUGACAGUGGAGGGGGAUUAGUAUUUCUAGAUAAUGAAACACAGCGAUGGUUUGUGGGAGGAAUAGUUUCCUGGGGUUCCAUUAAUUGUGGGGAGGCAGGCCAGUAUGGGGUCUAUACCAAAGUCAUAAACUAUAUUCCCUGGAUUGAGAACAUAAUAAGUAAUUUUUAACUUGCA